AUCAUUGAAGCGCUUAAACUGGAAGAGUUCGUAAAUAAGGAGAACUGUGGAAGAGAAUUGCAUGCAAUCAUUUCAUUAAAAUGGCUCACAAUUACGUUGUCACGGCGCACAAGCCAACGGCCGUGAAUGCAUGCGUAACUGGUAAUUUUACAUCACCAGAUGACCUUAAUUUGAUUAUUGCAAGAAAUACUCGGAUGGAAAUAUACGUAGUGACACCAGAAGGUCUUCGUCCAGUAAAAGAAGUUGGUAUUUAUGGUAGAAUUGCCGUCAUGGAAUUGUUCAGACCACCUGGAGAGUCCAAAGAUUUGAUGUUUUUGUUGACACAAAGAUACAAUGCCAUGAUCCUAGAGUGCAACCAAAAUGGUGAAAACAUUGACAUCAUCACAAGAGCACAUGGCAAUGUACAGGAUAAAAUAGGUCGAGCAUCAGAGACGGGAAUAAUCGGAAUCAUUGACCCCCUGUGUCGUGUGAUAGGUCUCAGGCUGUACGACGGACUGUUUAAAGUUAUCCCACUAGAGAGAGACAACAAGGAACUUAAGGCUUUUAAUAUUAGAUUAGAGGAACUAACUGUUAUUGACAUUCAAUUCCUUCAUGGCUGUACAACACCCACUCUGAUCCUCAUUCACCAGGAUCAACAUGGGCGCCAUGUUAAAACGUACGAGAUUUCACUCCGAGACAAAGAAUUUCAGAAAGGGCCGUGGAAGCAAGAUAACGUGGAAACAGAAGCAUGCAUGCUUAUCGCAGUACCAGAGCCAUUUGGUGGAGCACUAAUCAUUGGACAGGAGUCCAUCACCUAUCACAAGGGAGAUAACUUUAUCCCUAUUGCUCCUCCUGCUAUAAAGCAAAGCACACUUACGUGUUACGGGAAAGUGGAUGCCAAUGGUUCCCGUUACUUACUGGGGGACAUGAUGGGGAGAUUAUUCAUGCUGAUGCUGGAGAAAGAAGAGAAGAUGGACUCCACAGUGACUGUCAAAGACCUCAAGGUGGAACUCCUGGGAGAGACUACAAUAGCUGAAUGUAUUACGUACUUGGACAAUGCAGUAGUGUAUAUUGGGUCCAGGCUAGGAGAUUCCCAGCUUGUGAAGCUGAAUGUUGAACCAGAUGAGAAUGGAUCUUAUGUACAGGAAAUGGAGAGGUUCACAAAUCUUGGUCCUAUCCUUGAUAUGUGUGUGGUUGACCUUGAAAGACAAGGCCAAGGACAGCUUGUCACUUGCUCUGGUGCAUACAAGGAGGGCUCACUGAGGAUUAUCCGUAAUGGUAUCGGAAUUCACGAACAUGCCAGUAUAGAUUUACCUGGAAUUAAAGGCAUUUGGUCACUAAGAGUGAACUCACCAGAGUAUGACAACAUGAUAGUGCUAUCCUUUGUUGGACAAACCAGAGUGUUAAUGCUAAAUGGAGAAGAAGUUGAAGAAACAGAACUGUCUGGUUUUGAAUCGGAUCAGCAGACUUUCCUCUGUGCCAAUGUAGUACACAACCAACUUCUACAAAUAACUCCUCAAUCUGUGCGACUCAUCAGCUGUGACAACCAGAAACUGCUGAAGGAGUGGAAACACCCUGGAGGGAAGAACAUCAGUCUGGCCAGCAGUAACACCUGUCAGGUAGUGGCCUGUGUAGGCAGUGAGCUGUACUACCUGGAACUGGUACAGGGGGACAUCAAACAGGUCAGCACCUCUACUAUGGAACAUGAGGUGGCGUGCGUGGACCUGACUCCCCUGAGAGACGGUGAAGAGAAGUCACACCUCUGUGCUAUUGGUCUGUGGACAGACAUCUCAGCCAGAGUUCUCAGUCUCCCAGACUUCCAGAGUCUCCAUGUGGAAAUGCUGGGAGGAGAGAUAAUACCAAGGUCCAUUCUGAUGACGACUUUUGAGGGCAUCCACUAUCUCCUGUGUGCCCUGGGAGAUGGUUCUCUAUUCUACUUUAAUUUCAACAUUGACACAGGAUACUUCUCGGAGAAGAGGAAAGUGACCCUGGGUACACAACCAACAGUUUUACGAACAUUUAGAUCUCUGUCUACAACAAAUGUGUUUGCAUGUUCAGACCGGCCAACUGUGAUAUAUUCCAGUAAUCAUAAACUUGUUUUCUCCAAUGUCAACUUAAAAGAAGUCAAUCACAUGUGUCCAUUGAAUUCAGAAGGAUACCCUGACAGUUUGGCAUUAGCUAAUGACAGUACUCUUACCAUUGGAACUAUAGAUGAAAUUCAGAAGUUACACAUUAGAACAAUACCAUUAGGAGAGUCCCCCAGGAGAAUAGCAUACCAAGAGUCCUCUCAGACCUUUGGUGUCAUCUCCAUGCGGAUGGACUUACAGGACAGCAACGGUUUGAACCCCACACGACCCAGUGCCAGCACACAUGCAGCAAUGACCAGUUCGAGUUCCAGUGGAAAGGUUUCCAUGGGUACCAGUUCCAUGGGAGAACACUCCACUGGGGAUGAAGUGGAGGUCCAUUCCUUGCUGAUCAUUGAUCAACACACAUUUGAAGUGCUACAUGCCCAUCAACUAAUGCCCAAUGAGUUUGCCACUAGUCUUAUAUCAGCCAAACUUGGGGAGGAUCCAUGUACAUACUACAUUGUGGGGACAGCACUGGUUCAUCCUGAGGAGGCGGAGCCUAAACAGGGAAGAAUCAUCAUCUUCCAUUUCCACGAUGGUAAAUUAAAUCAAAUUGCUGAGAAAGAAAUCAAAGGUGCUGCAUAUACUCUGGUGGAAUUUAAUGGAAAGUUAUUGGCCAGCAUCAACAGCACUGUGCGGCUAUUUGAGUGGACGGCGGAGAAAGAGUUGAGGAUAGAGUGCAAUUAUUUUAAUAGUAUUGUGGCAUUGUAUCUGAAGACAAAGUGCGACUUCAUUCUGGUGGGAGACCUGAUGCGGUCCAUUACACUGUUACUCUACAAACCAAUGGAGGGCACUUUGGAAGAGAUUGCAAGGGACUGCAAUCCAAACUGGACUACAGCAGUUGAGAUCUUAGAUGAUGACAAUUUCCUUGGAGCAGAAAACUCCUUUAAUUUAUUCACAUGUCAAAAAGACAGUGCAUCUACCACAGAUGAAGACAGACAAAAUUUACAAGAGGUCGGAAUGUUCCAUCUUGGUGAAUUUGUUAACGUAUUUAGACAUGGCUCUCUGGUGAUGCAGCACUCGGGAGAGACCAGCACACCUACUCAAGGUUCUGUUUUGUAUGGGACGGUCAACGGGGCUGUGGGUCUGGUAACACAAGUUCCUCAAGAAUUUUACACUUUUCUUCAAGAUGUUCAGUCACGAUUGGCUAAAGUUAUCAAGAGUGUUGGGAAAAUAGAACACUCAUUUUGGCGAUCUUUCCACACAGAAAGAAAGACAGAGGCCUGUGAAGGGUUUAUUGAUGGCGACCUGAUAGAGAGCUUCCUAGAUCUGAACAGAGACAAAAUGCAGGAAACUGUUAAAGGACUACAGAUUGAUGAUGGAAGUGGCAUGAAAAGGGAAGCAACUGUUGAUGAUCUGGUGAAAAGCAUAGAGGAGUUAACACGAAUUCACUGAAGAAAUCCCACCUUCAAACUAGUUGAACAUGUAUAUAUAGAAUUAUGAAAUCUCAAUUUGGUUUAUGCCAUUGGAUGUCUUGUACAAGAAGGAAUCAACUUUGUAAAUAUGAACUUUUAGGUCUUCGAUUGUACAUGUACAUAUUGACUGUUUUAUUGAAAGUACUGUGUGUAGUACUUAAAGCAUUGUUUCUUGAUAUGUCCAUUAAAUUAUCAAAUGUAAUUCAA